CCGCCGUCGCCCAGAGAUCGGUCCCUCCGGCCCAGCAGCCGCCUUCCCUGCACGACGGACUUUCCCUGGACCCUAGUCAGUUGGAGCUUCUAGCGCCCUGCAACCCCGGCCGCUCAGGCCCCAGCUCGACCUCUUUCGCUCAGACGCUCAGGUCGCCUCCAGUCCAGCACUAUGCCAGGCACUAUGGAGACACUGCGGUUUCAGUUACUGCCCCAUGAGCCAGAUGAUACCUUCUGGGGUGCACCAUGUGAACAGCCCCUGGAGCGCAGGUACCAAGCACUGCCGGCCCUCGUCUGCAUCAUGUGCUGUUUGUUUGGAAUCGUCUACUGCUUCUUCGGUUACCGCUGCUUCAAGGCAGUGCUCUUCCUCACUGGGUUGCUGUUUGGCUCAGUGGUCAUCUUCCUGCUGUGCUACCGAGAGCGGGUGCUGGAGACGCAGCUGAGUGCUGGGGCAAGCGCCGGCAUCGCGCUGGGCAUUGGGCUGCUCUGCGGGCUGGUGGCCAUGCUGGUGCGCAGUGUGGGCCUCUUCCUGGUGGGGCUGCUGCUUGGUCUGCUGCUCGCUGCUGCCGCCCUGCUGGGCUCCGCACCCUACUACCAGCCUGGCUCCGUAUGGGGCCCACUGGGGCUGCUGCUGGGGGGCGGCCUGCUCUGUGCCCUGCUCACGCUGCGUUGGCCCCGUCUACUCACAACCCUGGCCACCGCUGUGACUGGCGCUGCGCUCAUCGCCACUGCUGCGGACUACUUUGUGGAGCUGCUACUAUUGGGGCGCUAUGUGGUGGAGCGACUGCGGGCUGCCCCUGUACCCCCACUCUGCUGGAGGAGCUGGGCCCUGCUGGCACUCUGGCCCCUGCUCAGCCUGCUGGGCGUUCUGGUGCAGUGGAGGGUGACAGCUGAGAGGGACUCCCAUACAGAAGGUGAGAUGGCACAGGCCGGGGUGGCCAUGGGAAGAGGGGAUGGUCAGGGAGGGGUGGAGGACUGAGGGAGUGGGGAGAAGGGACAGACAUUGUACACACCAAAAGUAGAAGGUCAAUAGGGUGAGAGAGCUGACUUGCUCAUGGUCUGAGAGGAUAGGGCAAAGUGCUUCCGUUCAUUGCACGACAAUGGGUGGAGAACUGGCUCUGGGCAGAUAUAAAACAGAAAAGGAGGGACUCAGGACCUAGUGAGUGACAAUGCACCUGCCCUACAAGCCCAGGGCCUUAGGUUUGAUCUCCAGCACCACAAAAACAAAUAAAAACCAAGCCCAACUCACCAGGAAAGCCCCCCACCCUUUGUGUGUAUAUCUAGGCUAGGUGAGAGACAGAUGACAAGACAUGCAAACAGGAUAAUUCCAGUUACGAAGAGAUAUAGGAAGAUACACAGGGCAACAUGAGUGACUUUAUAUUAGGCUAUGUAGUUAGGGUGGUCAAGGAAGGCUGCUUGGCAGAGCUGACAUGUGAGCAGAGACCUAAAGGAUGAGGGCCAGCAUGAAAAGAGCUGGAGAAGAGGGGGCAGUAAGGGCAAGGGUCUUGAGAAGGAAUGAAUCUGGCUCAUUUGAGGCAGGAACUGGAGUGUGGCUCAGAUGUCAGGCUGACAGUGAGGGCACUGGGCCAUGAAGAGGAAUCUGAAUUUUAUUAGAAGGGAAGUGAGAGGCCAUUGGGAGGCUUAACGCAGGAGAGGAUAUAGUGUAGCUUAGUGUUUGGGAUGCUCAUUUUGCUGCUGAGUGCAGAAAGCCUUGGAAGGAGGCAAGCGGAGAGGGGAAGCAGUGAGGAAGCAACUGAGGCUGUCCAAUUGAAUCAUAAUGGUGACUGGCCUGAGAGUUACUGUCACCUAUGGCUCAGGACUAGAAGAGGGACAGCAGCUAGGGAGGGGGUACCUGGAAAUCUAAGAAUCUUACAAAAAGACCUUUGCAAGAAAGAACUGCAGGAAGUCUCAUCUGGGAAAUGGGGGACCAGGAAAGGAAGUGAUUGGGUGGGGGUGGAUGUAACCAAGAAAGGGAACCUGGAAGCCCAAAUCCCACAAUAGGAAGAGGAGGAGGGACUAGGGAGAGAAGAGGCAUGUGUGUCUCUUGAGUCCUUCCUCUGCCUAUCCCUCCACAGUGGUCAUUAGCCGGCAGCGAAGGCGUGUUCAGCUGAUGCGGAUCCGGCAGCAGGAGGAGCGCAAGGAGAAGCGGAGGAAGAAGAGACCUCCUCGUGCUCCCCCCAGAGGUCCUCGGGUUCCUCCGAGGCCUGGACCUCCAGACCCUGCUUAUCGACGUAGACCAGUGCCCAUCAAACGCUUCAAUGGAGAUGUCCUCUCUCCGAGCUAUAUCCAGAGCUUCCGGGACCGACAAACUGGGAGCUCCCUGAGCUCCUUCAUGAACUCACCCACAGAUGCGGACUUUGAGUAUGGGUCCCGGGGACCACUGACAGCUUGCACAGGCCCUCCUGUGAGGGUAUAGCUGUGUCCUCACCUGUCUAGACUCUGCAGUCACCAGCUCUGCCAGCUUGGGGAAGCCUGCCAGGCCACAACCCAGGCUGUCUGGUCCUGUGGCCUUUGGCUGUCCCCCUCCCCUCUCUGGAGAGGACUGGCCUGGCCACUAGAAGGGGGGAUCUGACUCAGGCUAGGCCUGGCCUGAGGGGAGAGCCUCCUCCCAAGUUCCCGAGAGGCCCCUGAGGGACUCAGGGUGUGAGCCCCAUUGGGGUGUGCUCAGGGUUGUGAGUGUGUUGCCCAUGUAUGCGUGUGUGUGAAGGGGUAGGCUUGGAGGGGACACUGGGACACUUACCUUAGAUUUUUGAUUGGCAGGGCUUCUCCAGGGUUGGCCCCACCUCCUAUCCCACUCCUACGGGCCACUCUCCUGCAUGUCUACAUGGAGGAGGCCUGCCUGCCUCCCCCAUUGCUCUGCCUUCCAACCACUCAUCUAAGGGUUCUUGUCCUUGUUCACGGGGCAAACUGCAGCACUCCUCACCCUCACCUCACCCCUGGCCUCUUCAAAGCCGCUAGCCUAAAGGCAGUGGCAGGGGAUUAAGGUGGGGGGUGUUGCUCUGGGCUGGGUUGGGGAAGAGGGUGGAGGGAGAGGGGCUCAAAUGCACGGUGCAUGUUUGGUGUCCAUCAUGCCACUCUGGACACCUCAUGCUUCUGUCCCCCCACACCCUGUUUUACAUCUUUUAUAAAUGUGCCAAACUGUGUGGGAUUUGC